AUGGCGCCCCUAGACGAGCUUCACAUCAAGCGAACCACCUGUUUCCUUUGCAGACAACCUCCUGGUCCCAAAGUCUUGGAUUCGAACCUUCGUCCACUUUCCGCGCCACAAUGCGAUCGAGCCCGCUGCAUGCUCUGCUAUGGUUCACCGCUUCGGCCAGUCUGGCUGCAUGCCGCAUGCUAUGAGAUCCUGGCGGCUACGUAUGAGCCAUCAGCAAAACCCACCUCAGAAGAGCUGACGCGGUUUGCCGAUGCCAUGAAGCCCCUAUACGAUCUACGGCGCGAUGAUCGUGGGGAACGUGCGUCAGCCUUGGAAGGACUGUUUAGUGAACAUUCGUCGGAAAUAAUGCAAGACAUCUUCAGCCAGGACCUACUCCGGCGCCUACCUGCCGAAAUGAGGGUCAUGAUUAGUGAUCUUGUCCCCCCAUGCUGGUACCUCAUUGUGCUUGGUGAAACACGACGCCUCCUGCAAAGGUUUAGGGAGACUUAUCGAAGCCAGCCGAUUCAUCUCAAUCUCUCAAAGGAAGCCUGGAUUCUAGAGACCUCUUACCGAGGCUCUUCCUAUGUAUCGCAGAUUAGCGCCGAGCCGCUGGAAUCAACCACAACCACUGCGCUACGUCACAUCAAGCUUCCGGAUACGAUCGACAAAAUCUUGCUUUCGGUAGACGGCAUCGGUAUACGCGCAAUCCGGUUUUUGGACAAUAAAUCGAGCCCUCAAGUGGAUGGCUCGCCGUGGUAUAAGAUCAUCGACGGAGGCUAUAUGCCAGCUAUUGCUACAAAUGUCACUCUUGAUGGCAUCUUUGUACGAGACCUGCAACUCGCUGAAGGUAGCUCAUCAAAAUCAAGAAUUAUGUGGAGCUCACCCGUACAGCCCAAGUUCCAUCCCUGGAACUUCCAUAACCAUAAAGAUACACAUCGUCUACAUUACCAGCCGUUAGAUGCCAACAUCAAAGGUCUUUUAGUUUGUUGUGCUGGCUCUCGAAUGUUUGGGAUUCACGCUUCCUCUGACACACCAGGCGCCUUGGAGAAGUUCAUCGCGGAAAUGUCUCGGCGCGUCACUGAACUAUACAAGCACUGGGUUUAUUUUCCCUUGAACUCGCGGGAAAAGGUAACAGGAGCGUGGAUACGGAAGUUUGAAUUGCCGAUUGGGUCAGCCGCUGAUCCUGCCUUGAUUUUGCAUACCUCUCGUGGAAGGACAGUAACCUUCGGACCCCAGUAUACUGGCAAUGUUCUACCUCUAUGUGAGUACCGGCCAUUGAUGAAGGCCGGCGAUGGCCCUGUCACGGGGAUAUUCCAUGACGGAUUCGACCCAGCUUCCCGAUCAAAAUGCGUUGCAGAGCUUGGCGUUACUUGCGCCCUGCCAGUUACCGACGAGACUGAAUCGCCACUAGAAGUACCACCCGAUAUUCAUAUUGAGCCGCCGCCUGUUCCUCCGGGCCAGGGCGGGCCAACGUGUACUUGGUACUUGUCGAAAGUACCACUCAAGGGCCUGCUACACGUACAGCUCUGCAGAGAUACAGAACAGCAACACAGACCAAUCCUGGGUGUUCUCCUUUCCUUCAAUGAUGGACACCAGGAAGCACUUGGGCAGUUCCGUUGGGACCUCAAUGUUGACGAACACGUUCCUGUACCUCUAUAUUUUCAGGAAGGCACUAUUGGCAAACUAGAUUAUAUCAAGGACAUCAAAAACAAAGUAUCCGAUGGCUCAGACGUGGGAAACAGUACAUGGCAACGGCUGCCUGACGCCGGCUCGACUGUUGCAAGUGGGAGAGGAGAUACCGUUGAGGCAUUUGGGGUGGAUCACGUGGCAUCUGCUUCGAGCAACACAACACAAGACAGGCCCUCUUCUCCUCCCUCCUUACCCAAGGCAAGCUGGGGCUUUCAAGACCGUGCCUUCCACGAACCGGCCUUUGACGACGUUGCCGCGAAUGGCUGGGGCUCGGAAGAUCAGCUUCCAAAUCAAGAAUCCUUCGCAACCACUGUGGAUGGAAGUUUCUGGGAUUCGACGGUGGAAGAGGAACCUGAUGGCCGAGCUGUGCAAGCGGUGUCCCGGACUCAACCAAGAUUCAUCAGCAUCACCCAGAACUCCAACCUGCAUCUCCGGGUCGACGAGUGUGAACGAAGAAACAACAGGGGCAGAAAACAAUCCAACCAAGCCUCGAAUAUGAUAACCUUCGAAGUUGAGCGAGAGAAACUCAUGGCCAGCACGUUCCUUGGCAAACUCAUUGCCAAAAACCCGCGUCGAACGUCAAUCGACUACGAUGGAGCCAAUCACGCGGCUAUGGAAAUCCUCUUGAAGCAAUUGCACGGGUGCCUGGAGCCGGCGACAAUGGGCUCAGUCCCCAUCGACACAAUUUGGCACCUCAUUGGACUUUGCGGGCGAAAGAAGUUGGAUGUUAGCCUUGCUGUUUUGAAGGAUUGGUUCGUGGGUUGGUACCAGGUUGAGUUUACGCAAGCUGGCAGCGAGCGCCUGUAUUUCUUCCAGCAGGUCAUCUCACCAUGCUACCAGUUUAACUAUGCCGAAGGGUUUAUGGAAGCUUCGAAGUUCCUUGUCUACAUGGGUCCCGGGGCCAUUUCGGAACUUAACCCUAUAAACGUUAACUUAUUGCAGCUUCGUCCGCUAAUUAUUCAACAGCUGAACUCUGCCCGCGGUCGUCUCCGAAAUGUCUUACACCACGGCCUGUUCGAUCACGUCGCCACACUCCUCGACGAACAAUGCAAAUGCAGGGAAAAGACGUUUUUCGAAUACUUCCGGGAGCUUCGUCGUAUACAGGUCUGGCCAUUAGAGUCGUACAUAAAGAAAACUAGUAUUGACGAGCUUAUCGGACGACUCGCAUCCUUCCGAGGCAAUGCCGUUCACCCCAUGAAUUGCUGUCCUCAUUGCUGGACGCGGACUCGAAAGGGAAAUGGGGCACCGCGCGGUCGCGAGAGCUGGUGUCGCUGCAGAAGGAACUGGAAGAAGAUUGUUAGGUCGGCGGAAGAAGAGGUCCGCGGGUAUUUCGAUGGCCUGUGUCUGGAUUGCAUGCUGGAGUCGAACGAUCUCCAGGAAGGUGUGGACAAGGAUGCCCAGUACUACCAGAAAGACAAGAAGAAAGCCUGGAGUUCAACCUGCCGCGUCGCACACGACGAACCUACGUGGUAUUUUAGCUUCAUGGAACGUCGGGAGUGUCGUCGCUGA